AUGAGGCGGCGUGAGCUAGAGUUUUCUGUUGGUGACAAGGUGUUCUUGAAAGUAUCGCCGAUGAAGGGAGUAAUGCGAUUUGGUAAGAAGAGGAAACUUAGUCCCCGUUUCAUCAGCACUUACGAGAUUGUUAGGAAAAUUGGGACAGUGGCUUAUGAAUUGAAGUUGCCAUCCGAUAUGGCUAUAGUGCAUCCGGCGUUUAACAUUUCAAUGUUGAGGUUGUACAAACCUGAUCCUUCCCAUGUGUUGAACCCUAAAGAUAUUGAAAUUAAUGAAGGGUUAACCUAUGAAGAAAAACCAGUUCAGAUUCUAGAUCGUCAAGUUAGAAGGUUAAGGACGAAGGAUGUGGCAUCGGUCAAUGUGUUAUGGCGAAACCAUAAUACCGAGGAAGCCACAUGGGAAGCAGAGGAGGACAUGAAGAAGAGAUAUCUUCACUUGUUCCUCAUGGCAAGUAUGAGCUAG